AUGGGUCUGUUUAAGAAAUCCGAUGGCGACGACGACUCCAGCCGCCGAGCACUCUUCGGCUCGCGCAAGAAGGACAAGAGCCCAACUCCCCCUACCAACCCUUACGCCCAACCAAUUCCAGUAGACCCCUACACAAAAGCCAAGAUUGGCGCCGGUGUCGCCCCCUUACCUGCCGACCACCCCGCCGCCAACGGAGGCCCCGCGUCGAACAGCCCGCAUAACAUCCCCUCCGACAACAAGUACUCUUCCGGGUACACCGCCAACCGCUUCGGCAACCAGGGCGGCUAUGGCAGUGACCGAUUCGGCUCAAACAGCGCAGGCGCUGGCAGUUCGGCCUCGGGAUCGAACUCGCGGUAUGGAAACGGUGGCUACGGCGGUCUGGGCAGUUCGGAUCCCAAUGACCCCGCGGCUGCGGAUGCAGCUCGCAGCGAAUUGUUCGGAGGCGUUAAGAACCGCACCCCGGAGAAUGGACCCGGCAAUGCGCCCCCGCCUUACUCUGAAGGUCAGGGCCCGGCGAAUAACUACGGUGGCGGGAGCAACGAGUACAGCAUGGCGACCUUCCAGGACCGCCAGCUGACCGCGGAGGAAGAGGAGGAGGAAGAGAUCCAGGGCGUGAAGCAGGAGAUGCGGUUUGUCAAGCAGGGUGAUGUGGCGUCUACGCGGAAUGCACUCCGUGCCGCUGCACAGGCUGAAGAGACCGGUCGCGCCACAUUGGCCCGUCUAGGUGCCCAGGGCGAGUCGAUCCACGAUACCGAAAAGAAUCUGGACAUGGCGACCAUCGAGGGCCGCAUUGCCCAAGAAAAAGCCAGGGAACUCAAGACGCUCAACAAGAGCAUGUUCGCCGUGCAUGUAGCGAACCCAUUUACCGCCUCCCGGCGUCGGCGCGAGCGUGAUGAGAAAGUUCUCAACACACACCGCGAGGAGCGUGAUAUCCGUGACGGCACACGGUCCGAGGCGCACUCCACCAACCAGCGUAUGGACCGGGUGUUCCGUGAUAUCGAGCGCGAUGCGAGCAAGCAGGGCAAGGGCAAGAAGGCCAGUGUUACCGAGCGUGCCAAGUACCAGUUCGAGGCGGAUAGCGAGGAUGAGGCGUUGGAGGAUGAGAUUGAACAGAACCUGGAUCUGCUCGGUGGCGCCACUGGCCGUCUGAACGGUCUUGCCAAGGCUACUGGCAAGGAGUUGGACGAGCAGAACAGACAUCUGGAGCGUAUCAUGGGCAAGAGCGAUUUCGUCGACGAUCAGAUCGCCAUGAACCGGGCGAAGUUGGACCGUAUUCACUAA